AUGUAAUUGCCUAAAAAUCCAAAUUAAAAGUAACUACAGCCUCACAUUAGAAGUUAAUCUUUGAAUAAAUCUUCAUCUUAAAGAAAUCCUCCUCAAUUAAUACCAUAAUUACUUAGAUAACAGUAAACGCUCUAAAAAUCAAUAAAUUAUGAUGAUAAUGAAUUACAAAUAACUAAUAAAAGAUUACAUAUUUUUAGUGAUUUAGUACUUCCUUCAACUAAUUUUACAAAAUAAAAAAAUCAAUCACUAGCUGAUGAAUUAAUUGAGAAAGUAUCAUCAUUAAGAAAAAAUACUAAUUUAAAUAUUGUAAGAUAAAAAGUUAGAGGAAGAUUAAAAACAUAAAUUAAUGAUUUUGAAAAUUCAAUUGUAUCUAGUUAAAGAUUAAUAACAGAUCCUGGUAUUAUAUCAUAGAAAACACCUAAUUAAUAAUUAUUGAUUGACAAAGAAUAAGUCAUUUAAAAUGGAGUCAAAUAUCCAUAUCAAAUAUACCUUAUUAAUGAUUAAAGAAAGAAAUUUAUUUCAGAUUUAUUAAAGAGCACUAAUUUAACUGAUUUUUAAGAUGGUUUUAAUUUAACUUAAAUAAAGUAAGAUUUAGGUUAAAGAUUAAGAAUUUAGAUUCGAUCUAAUUAACUAGAAAAAACUAAAAAAGAAUUAUCUUCAAAGAAAUGUAUGAACAAUGCACUAUAUUCCUUAUUAGCAUUGAAUAAAUAAUCUUAAGAAACAGUUAAAAUGAAAUAUAGAUAACAUCUACCAAAAGAUUCUAGAUUUUAUAUUAUAUGA